CUGUCAAAUCCAUUGUAAACCUUGCAGCUUGUUAGACAGCAGCGAGCAACAAACUUCCACGAAGAAGAAUUGCUGGAAAAAGAUACUUGGAUGAUAUAAUGAGCUGACAUUCCCAGAAACCUAUAAGUUUCUCUACAAAUCAAGCUUCUCGAUACUUGGCAAUACUUUGAUUUUACAUCAAUUCAAAAUGAACAAGCCCAGGCCGAGAAGAACCCGACAUCGGCAAAGCUCUUCGCAUAUUCCCGUGCGCAGCAGCUCAAGCAAUGAGCAGACUCAAAAGACAACUUACAGCGUUCGCGYAGACGGCUCUAGUGGUGAAAUAAUAUCCAGCAACUCCAACAUGGAGACAGCAGAAGUAAUCCAUAGCUCACGAUCUUAUUCAAGCAACGACGAAUCUAAGGAAAUGACUCAACAAAAUUAUGGAGAAUCGCGUUACGAUGAUAGAGUUUACAUUAAAGGGGGAUUAAAGACGGAGGAGAAGCUUGGUAGUCCAAGAUACACCGCUGGCAACGAGAAKUGUCAAAAGAUAAGUGAUUUGCGAAUGAGCUCUGAUAGUGAAGGCGUCUACAACGAGUCGAACGAGAAUAUCAGUUCAAGAAGUUUCUCUGGAGACGGGGAAUAUAAAAAGACUGUUUAUAAUUUUAGGUCCGAUUCUGAYGGAGAAGCCAUUUGCAAUGAURGYAGUGAGAAAAUYGUUUGUAAAACAACUAAYUUUUGUGGAGACGGAGAGCACCUGAACACUGUCUAUCAAAUACAAACAGAUUCUGAUGGAGAAGGUGUUUUCACCAAUGAAAAUUCAAAGAAUGAAGAAAGUGUUAUCUAUACAUCUCGGUCCGAUGAUGGUGAAAUCACAACCGUGCGACAGACGUUUAAGAUUGUAGGAACCAUUGACCAAGACAAUAGGUGCUCGCGGGAAUCCCUAACCAGUAACGUUGACAGUGCAUUUCACGGCUCUCUUGACUUUCUCGACAAYCUGGAUGAAAACGAUACAAAGUACUCGAGYAAGAAAAUUWCCAAAAGUGUCAGUUUUGAAGAUGUUGGCUCGGACAGUGUUAGCAAACUUUGGAUUAAGCCAAAUGAUAACAUAAAAUUGGAAAUGCAACAAGAGGUGGGAGAGGACGAGGAGCUUUUAAGGGAAGAACUUCUUCGAAUCUUUGAUCGAGAGAGACUCACUUUGGGCUCUUUCUUUAAGAACAAAAUGGAAGACUUGGCACGUGACUGCAGACAGCGCGAACUUGAUGCGGAAGAGCAUUCGCGCGCUGAAAUAGCUGAGAUGGAAAACGAAAUGGCGCGAGARAAAGCUGAAAUGCAAAAGGUCUUUGCUGAAGAAAUUGCUKCCCUGACUCGAACCUUUAACGAAGAUAGAGCGAGUAUAGAGAGCUAUUACAAAGAACAAAUCAAAGAACUACGCGACCAACACGCAAACGACCAACAAGAAAUGAAUCAAAAGUUUGCGYUUGAAAAAUCCGAACUCCAAGAAAAGCUCGAGUCAGAAUUUGAAGCGGUUUUAAGAACAGAGAUCGGUGAGUCUCGGAAAUUGUCCUUGCACGAAAUAAACCAAAAAGAGGAGAUGUACWACACGGCAAAGCUUGAAAUGGAACAGAAGCACAGCAAAGAGCUUCAUGAAGCCGAGAUGAAUACGAAGAAAGUCAAGGAUGAGUUAGAGAUGAUGUUUUCUCAAGAAAAGGCGAGAUUAGAGGAAAGAAKUAAGGAUUUGGAACAUCAGCUGCUGCAAGAACGAGAAUUAAGAAUUCAGCUGGAAUCCCUUCUGGACGAGGAAAAAGAGAAUGUGAAGAACGUCGACAACGCAAAGAGGAGCGAGACAGAACAGCUGAAAUGUGAACUAGAAGGRUUGCGAGUGGAGCUUGACGAGAAGAGCAGGUCAGCCAUAGAAAUGAGUAGAAUUGAAGAAGAAAUACGAUCAAAUGGGAAAAACGGRCUCAGCGGGAAACUACGUGAAGAUGUCGACAAAAUCAUCGAUGAACAUAAGCAGGAAUUCGAAAGGAAGUAUUUAUUGGACAAAGAAGAGCUACAAAGAGAUAAGGAACGCCAGUUAGAAGAGGAGAAGAAGAAGAUCAAGGAUGAYGUCGAGUUUGAGAARAAGAGGAUUCAAGAUGACGUGGAAAAUGAACGGAAGAAGAUGCGAGAAGAGAUUGACAGAGAACGACAAGAAAUUCAAAUAUAUCUCAAAAAUGGUCGCGCGGUGGACAUGAAGCAGAGCGAACAAUCUUUGCAUACGUUUACAGAACAAUCUGAAUACAGCGCAAGUGUUUCCUAUAACGGCCAUAGUAAUCAGAACCAAACAAAUACCGGUGAAUUCAAGGAUGAACGUCAAACUAAUACCUACGGUGCCUACAGCAGCUWCAAAGGCUUACAUACUGAAAGAGAUCAGAAAGAACCAGAUCAGCGCAAAMCCCAAUACAACCCAGCCUUUGGUGAUGAAAGUAGCAAGUACCCACAAUCUAUCAACCAAGAAGAAGUCCCAGACAAGUAUGCUUCACUUGCUAUUGGAAGUGAAAGAUAUAGCUCUGCUAACGAUGGAUCUUAUCCAAUGGAGCGCAGUGACAGAGGUGAACCAUACACACACAAUACUGGGAUACAUGUAACUCUUCAAAAUCCCAAUGAAAAAAGAAAUGACACAGAUAACCUUGAUCAUUUACAUGACAAGCCAACAUCUGAAUAUGGAAAAACUUACCAAGUCCAAGUAGAUAGUCAAGAUAUGUUUUCUGCUCAACAAACUGUAGGAAGAGGAUACGACAGUGGUGAACAAAACAGUUUCCCAAAUGAAGACCAUUGGCAGUACCAGUCCAGUUACGAAUAUGGAAAGCCGCACCAGCAGGUCCAGGGUCGGGAAUUGACUGGCCAACAAUCUGAAGRAAGAGGAUUUGUAAAUAUUGAGACAAAAAGUUCCCAAAAUGAGGGUCAGUGGCGCCAUCAGUCCAAAUAUGACUAUGGAAAGCUUCAUGAACAAGGUGGUAGUCGAGAUUUUCUGGAAAGUGAUCAYGAAAGGGGSUAUGAUGGUCCAGGCCAACAGUCACWGACGAAACAUGGCCAUCAAAGCGACAAGUUUCAUCCAAUAGAUGAACGAGACACCUCACGAUAUGAAUCUAGCGGUCAACAAAAGUCCACUCAAARUGCUCUUAUGCGAGAUCAAUAUUACGUCACGCCUGGAAAUGAGAACGAUCUUCGAACGGAGAUCAAUCAGCUAAGGAGCGAAAAUGAAGGUCUGAAGGCAAAGAUUGAAGCUAUGGAAGAGAACAUUGAUCUUCACAAGAAAUACAAAGCCGAAGCGAAAGAUGAGUUGAAUAGACUUCAGAAGACAAAAGAAGAGCUGCAAUCACGACUGGACAAAGGCAACAAAGACGAAGAGGAUGCCAAGAGAGCCAAACUCAAGGYUGAUAAACUAGAACAAAGUCUUAGGGAUAGCGAAGCCCGGCGCAAAGAAUUCGAGGCCAGAAUAAGAGARUUGAAGUCUAAGUUGAGCGACGCUGAAGACAAAGCAAAACAGUCCAAAGACAAGACAGGUGAUCUUGAGGAUAGGAUGGGAGGACAUGCAAGAACGCACGRAAAAGGGACUGGCGAGGAUUACAAAAGRAGAUCAUAUAGCGGGCAUGAUAAAUACUCCCAGGAUGCACCAAACGAUGGAGCCACAGCUCUCGAAUCGUGUCCACUUUAUUCAGAACAUACUACCUUUGAUAAAUAUGGAAAAACUGGUGGGUACUCGGAUACAGAUGACAAGCAAGAGAACGUCUAUGGUUAUCCUGCAGAACUAAGCCAAUCAUUGGACUUCUUAGAGUACAAGAACCCUCUAGAUAAUGGCACAAGAGAUUCACAUCUUAUCAAAAAAAAUCCUGAGCCCUCUUGGAAGAAUUCUGAUUCAACAAGAGGAAAAUAUUCUAAGGGUUCUCAUUAUACUUCAAAACACAAAUCAGCAUCAAGACCAGAAGUGUCUUYAAUGUCAUCGCCCCAUCCUAUGUACGGCAGCCAUGAGCGACUUGGAAGGAGGCCUGACAAGACCGAGAAGACUGGACGCUAUAGCUCUUUUGGUGUUGGGAAUGAUUUUGGAUUGAAUACGUCAUCACCAAGGAAACUGGAUGGGCGUAGCUAUGGUAACGAAGGUGUCUCGACAWCAAAGGAAAACAGCUCAGCUAACAAGGAAAACUACGAGAAAGCUGUCGCUGAGAGAAACAAGCUCGCACAACUCAUAAAACAACUCAAGCUCAAGGUGGAGGAACUGUACUCAGAAAAACAACGAAUCGAUAAGGAACAGUCUAAAAUACGAAGCGAUCCCAUAGAGUACCAGUUCUUUGGUCCAAGCGACAGUAUAUCAAGCAGUGAGCACGCCGACCUCAAGGCAAAAGUCGAGGACAUGCAAAGAAAAAUACGAGUCUUAGCAGAAAGGUUAAAAAGAGAUUCUCCACGAGGGAAGCACAUCUCCUACGAUCAGAAUGACAACUACACGUCAAGUAAGCCAUCAAUUCAAGACAUUGAAUACCUACAAGACAAGCUCCAGCGUACAGGAGAUGCCAUMAGCCACACCCAUGGCAGUUCAGACCCUGACGUACUUCUGAGAAUCGAAAACGAGGUCAAAGCRAUCGGUGAGCUCAUAAAGAGACACUGCCAAGAAUUAGAACAAGAUGGUGGAGUUAUGUACAGAUCGGACGGUGAUAACGUGAAAAUGCUGCAGCUACAGAUGGAGAAACAAGAGCUUGAAAUGAAGCUGAACAUGGCAAAGGAGGCCAUGAACGAUUACGUGAGCAGACUUAGUGAUAAGAUGGAAGGCCUGGAAGAGUCCAACGCGCUCUCCGAUGCCACAUUACAAGAGCUCUACGAGCGAAACGCUAAAUUAAAAGAAACGCUUAAAGCACUAGAGAAAGGCCAGCAAAGAUCUCACAGGCAAAACGAAGAGCUACGUCAUCAGACGUCAGCACUGCAGAAUGUGAUUGGCCAGAUCUGUAAAUCCAGUGACACGUCAUUUUGCUCCCAGUACUCCACCCCACGGCAGACCGGUAGUCAUGGUUACACUAUGACAUCACAAGGUCAUUCGACGAAUCAUGGCAUGGGAAUCAGUGAUCGAUUUAGAUCMCUUUGGUUGCCAAAUGUUCUCACAGGUGAACGUCGAAAGCUGAAUUUGUUUYACACUUCGUUGACAAAAACUACAAUUUCAAAUUCAGAAAAUAUGGAUAAUCGAAAUAUGAUUCUUAGCAAUAAUAACUUCGUUGGAGUCUCGAAAGGCACCAGAAACCAUAACCUAGURCAGCUGGAUAUCGGGAAUUUGGCAGCCGAAUCUAUGUCCUCUUUUAUUGAGGAACGGAGCCGAGAAUUCAAAACCACUGCAACGCAAACGAACUUCGAAGAUUUUAUCUGUCUUCAAGUGAAACGCAUUGAGGAAAAACACGAAGCAGAGAAGAAAGCAAUGRAGGUUGAGUUUGMUAAAGAGAAAAGUGAGCUGAAAAAAGCUUAUAAAGAUCUUCUUGAGGAGAAAAAUUUAUUAAUAAGCAAUUUAACAAGCGAGAAAGAYUUUCUAUGGGAAGAAAUUCGACAUUUUAGAGAUAAUUCUGCACUGUUUGAAAAUACUAAUUSUGAUGAUCUUGACUGGGAUCCAGAAUGGGACCACUCUGAUCUAAAUGUACCAGGAAAAGUCACWAAACCAAUGGUAAAAACAAUGGUACCAUUGAACGUCCAGGAAAAGGAAAUAGCGCUUUGUUCWAUGAUGGCGCUGCGCAAAAAGGUCYUAAAACGACAGUACAAAAGGGACAAACAAGCUGUUUUGGAUAAAGUAGAGAUUGAAAAAGAUYUGAUAAGAGAYGAGAUAACGUCYGAGCUGGAAUCUCGGUACAGCGAUGAGAUUAGCAAUCUUAAUGAUAUCAUAUAUGGACUCAAAGAAGCAUUGGAAAACAUGAAAACACAGAAAGAUGASCUGGCGAAAAUAUUUCAAGGAGAACGGAACGCACUCGAGAUGGGAUUCUCGAGGAAAGAGCAGGAACUCAAGGACAAACUGACCAGGGAUUUGCAGCGUGAGCUUGUAAAAGCGCACCAGGAUUGGUCGAGAAGUAAAAUAUAACGCGCUAUGUGAUUGGUGGAGGGUCCAUUCUCAAGUGACUAGUGACUGGUUAAAUUGCUGAAUUUAACAAGCUAUCUCAUUGGAGGASCGCUGGUUGUCUGGAGAAAUGGUAAAAUUUCAUGCGAAGUCAAGAUCCGAAAUGAAUCGCCGAAUCGUAAAAAUUACUAUUGAUUGGUGAGCUAACCGAAUAGUACAAUUUACGCGCAAUUUGAUUGGUGGAUAUUUGGAAAAGUAUAAUCUAAUGCGAUAUCUGAUAGGCUGGAAAGGUAUUCGUAAAAUUUAACAUUUCAUGCGAUUGGCAGGCUGGCCGGAUGCAAAAAUCUAAACUGCAAUCUAUGAUAUUUGAUUGGUGGACUACUGUACUUGAGCGUGCAAAUGUCCCUGAAAAAAAAUCGAAUGUUAGUUUACAUUUUAGUAUGAAUUUGAAAAAAAUAACUUAGGAUUUUAUUGACAUUACUCGUUAUUUUUAUGCUAUCAAAACUAUUAUCACAGAUAGGUUAAAACUGCUUGGUAUUGUAUUAAAAUAAAUUACACAGAAUAGGCAAUAAACCACGACCAACUGAUAACCAGAUACAAUGCACAGCUGUACAAACCAUUGACAAUUAUUAUUUCUUCGCGAUUUCAAGUAAAAUUAUAAAAUAUCCACUAGGCAGGCGUUGUGAUAAUGACGCGAAGUCGACUAGUUUACACAUUUCCACUAGUCCUCCCACCCACUCCCCCCUAAGGUCACGUAUACAUACAAGGCUUCCGCUACUCGGCAAAUACUGAUACUAAUUAAAUUACAUCUUAUUCAAUUAUAUUAAAAACAUGCAUUCAAAUGGACCUUUUACCGUUAUGGCAGCAAUAUUAUAGAUGCUAACCCAG